AGCUUAGUCGUCGUGUGAUCUUUGAGCAUUCUACACACCACUGAGUGGAGGAGGUGCAAUAAAGCUCUCAAAACCAGGCGUGGUUUUGGUUACUCUGAAAGCUGGAGUUCUCGCAGUUGCAUUUCAUUGAGGCCAGAAGUUGAAACUGUGCACAGAAACCAUCAUGGAUAUCAUAGACCCAAUCCUGAGCAUAGCAGAAAAGUUGUAUUGUCUUUGUAGUGAGGUGAAAGCCAACAAGAAGCGCUGUAAGCGUCUGUCUGAGCGUGUGUCCUCACUGGUAGAGCUGGUCAAAGUUGUGAAGUACAAGGGUUUUGGCAAAAAUCCAGAUAUUGUACAGCGAGGCUUGCGAGAACUUAAGUUUACUUUGGAGUCGGCUGAAGAAGUUGUGAAGAAAUACACCUCAUCCAGCUGCCUGAAACGCAUUGUGAAGAUAUAUGAUCUUGGAGAGGAGUUUGGGAGCUUAAACGAGCGCCUGAACGAUGCGGCACAGCUGCUGUUGCUGGCCCUGCAGGUGGAGCAGAGAGACAAAAUGGAUAGAGUGUUCAAAGAGGACAAGAGGAGAAAAGAGGAUGAAGAUGACAGAAGACACGACUAUGAGGAGCUUCUAAAUUUGCUUCAGUCUUUGGCUGAUGAGAAGGAGAAAACUAAAGUGAGUGUGGAUGCUGUGCAUGUGAAAGUCGAACAAACUCAGAAAGACGUUCAGGACAUUAAAGGCAUACUGGAAUCAUUGAGAAGACCCAGCCUUCAUUUGCAGGACAUUAGAGAGAUCAGACCUGAGGAGCUGACCUAUGACAUUCCCAUUAAGCCAAUCAUGAAGACUGACAGUUCUGAAUUGUUCAAAGGAGAGUAUAACAAGUUCACUGUCGCUAUCAAGAAAUAUGCAUAUCCAGUGAGCACCAGCCCAAAUCAACUGAGGAGCAUUUUUAACAAGGAAGUCGAGACUAUGAAACGUUUCGAGUCACCCCACAUAUUGAGGAUGUUUGGGAUCUGCGUUCAGAAUGAGAAUGGGCCAAAUCCAACCUACCUUAUAGUAAUGGAGUUCUGUGAAAAGGGCAAUCUGAGGCAAGUGCUUGACGGUCCCAGCAAACUACCCUGGGAGAGAAAAAUUCACAUGUGUCUAGAUGCAGCACAAGGACUAUACAGACUGCAUCAGUCAGAGGAGAAGUUUAAGGUGCAUGGCUGCAUCACUAGCAGCAAGUUUCUAGUGGGAGCUGGCUACAGAAUAAAGCUUGGUGGAUUUGAGUUGGCAAUGACAGAAACAUCCCUAAAGCAUAGUAAUGGGAAGAAGAACAGCUCGAUGGCGUACAUUUCUCCACAACAACUAGAAAACAUAAACUAUCCUUAUGACAAACCCUGUGAGAUCUACAGUUUCGGCAUUGUCCUGUGGGAGAUAGCAACACGGCAAAUCCCCUUUAAAGAUUGCACCUCUUAUCGUACCAUCCAUAAGAAGGUGUUUGUGGAGAAGACGAUGGAGCCGCUGCCACCUGAUUGUCCCAGUCAGCUCCUGGACCUGAUUAACGCCUGCCGUUCGUUUAAUGCGUUCCAGAGGCCUUCUGCUGGAGUGUUGGUGGACAAGCUGCAGAAACUAGCACAGCAGAAUGAAGAGGACUAAAGCCAAAGUUCACCCACAUCUUGGCUCAGCAAAUGUGUACAGUUUUGAUACAGAGCAUAAGAUGCUCAAAAUUAGAUAUCUUUUUUCCUGGACUCGUUAGCAUUAAAUGUUCCUGGAUAUCACAUUUAAUUUAUACUGAAAAAUGUGAAAAAACCUACACUAAGUAAAUGUAAAGUCUGAUGGUGAUGGCAUUUUUUUUAUUUGUUUGAGUAACACAUAAUGUUUAAAUCUGCACAAUGAAUUGAAAUAUAAUUAAACUUUUUUUUUUUUGGUUCAGUCAGUCAAGUGAUAAUUAAGGAAAGGAGCGCACUCAGACAUGUUGUUGUGGGACAAUAAUCAGUGGAGUGGUGUGAUAUUACAAACCUGAAAUGACACCUAAGACCUUUUCUGAAAAUGUUGAAUGGAUUUCUUCUUACAGACAACUUCACCAUAUAAAUUUUUUUCUUAAAUAACGUUGUUAAAUCCCUUUUGAUAAUUAUAGUUAGAUUACCUGGCACAUCUACCAUUCAAGUCUAGGUAACUUAUCUGUUACUUUAUAAAUGAGAAUGCAUUAGAACAAGCUGACUCACUUUGCUUGAAUCAACAUCUUCUGAUCAGUCAGAUUUAUGAUUUAUCAACAGGGAAGUGCUGUUGUGGAAGAAAAAUAUUUAAGAUUAUGAUGCAAAAUUAAUAAUUUUUCAGUCAUGUCCUGAAUUGUUUUAUUUCACUCAUGCAACACUAAUAUGCUGUUGAUUGUAACGUGUAUUAAUUUAGGAAAUAUAUAUUUUGUAUUUGUUUAAUUAGGUAUAAUGUUAAGGAAUAUCUGUUAGUUGCUGUUAUUACUGCUUUUAUCUAACCUAUAAGUAAUCAUUCCCGCACUAACAUUUUAUUCUGUCUCUUGAUGUUAAAGAACAAAAAAUGUGGUAGGCAUGUGGUAGCUUAGUGGUUAAGGUCUUGGACUACCAAGUUCCAGGUAAGCAGGUUGUUCAAUCCCAGGUCCACCAAGCUGCCAGUGUUGGGCCCCUGAGCAAGGCCCUUAACGCUCAGUUGUAAAAAAAAAAUAAAUAAAAAUUAGAUAAUGUAAGUUGCUCUGGAUAAGGGUGUUUGCCGAAUGCUGUAAAUGUAAAAAAUCUAGAUUGUUAUGUUAAAUUUUAAAGAAUACUUCAAAGCUGCUGAAAAUGUAUCAAUACAUUUUGACCGAUUCCAGCUGAGAAUUAAAAAGAACUAUGAUAUAAAAA